AUGAGUAUAUAAGCAGCGGUUAUUGGAUUUGCCAGCUUCAUUCGAGCACUAGUCACGUUCCUGUUACACACAUAUCCUCGUUAUCAUCAUGGACUCAUCAUCCACACGUCAGGACUACAUCCUUCCGGAUACACCUCCUCAACAAGAGACUUCAUUCCCAUCUUACUGGGCAGCGCAAGCUGCGCGGAAGAAGAAGAUUCCUUCUACCAAUAGCAGUGCUGCUCCCCCUGCUGCUGCCGCUGCUGCAUCCGACUCCGAGGAGUCACCGCUGAAGAGACGUGGGGUCUUCGUGGAGAGAGGGAUGAGCAGUGAGGAAUACAUUAUACCAGACACACCACCAUCUCAUCUGGGAUGGGCACCGAAGCGUGUACCACUAACAACGAUUUCCACCAACAAGCAGCAGGGGAAGAGAAAGCUGCAAUUUCUGGAGGAGGAUGAGGAGGAAACCAACUUUGUACCCUCAAAGAAACGUAUGUGUGAGAACACCUCCAUGGCUCCGCUACUAGAGGAGGCAGCCGCGCGGGAUGAUGAUGAUGAUGACUUCAUCGCACUCAUCAAUAAGCCAUCACCAAAACCGUGGAUGCCUCUCCGCGAGCUGGCGGAGGAUGUUCCACAUACUAUCAUCUCCGUGCGAGAGGAAACGAACCAUCAUGGCAGACGAAUUAUAUUGAAAAUUAAUAUCGCUUCUACAAAGAAAAUCUCUGAGGUAUACCUGCCUCAGAGAUUUUCUUCCAUAAUUUCGCCCUGUAAAGUUGUUAAAUUUAAUUCUAAGUGUAAAAAUUUAGGAAUAGUAGUGAAGCAUAUAACCGCUACAUGGAGUGACAUUAAGAUUGUUAAAAUGUAA